AUGCCUACAACAGAUUUACCAACCUUGGGGUUCCGAAACGGCGACGAGUUUAUAUGCAAUUAUUGCCAUUGCUCAGCGCCUGGAUAUCCGAUUAUACUUGGCCAAUCUGCACGCCUCGCCUGCGACCAAUGCGCCUCUGCUAUUGUCAAGCUGUCGAUAUGCUGGGUCUGCGGGGAGAUGAUCUGCCGCGGAGAUGACUGCAUCAGUUUUGGAUGGUGCUUUUGGCACAGGGCAUGCUUCAGCUGUCUACUCUGUGGGAGCCGCGCAGUCCUAAGCACGUCUUGCUCCUGGGCUUUGGGCACAAAGGCAGAGGUUCUGAGGCCGCCACUCUGCGCCGCUUGCGAUAUGGAGACAGCAAGAGAUACGAAUGAGCAUUGCGAUUCUGGACUUAUACAAGCAUGUGUGGACUUUGUGGACUCUGUAGAUGGAGGUAUGGCGAAACGCAGAAGGCAGCUGAUGAAUGAUUCUUCUUGCUCGACAUGGGGCAGCGAGAAGAACCCGUGUCUGAAGCUCAGAGCAGGGCGAGAAUGCGAUUCGGACAUGCGGGCUCAAGCACAAGAGCAAGACUGGGAGGGAGAGCCGCGAGAGUUGAUCUGGAUCGAUAUAGUUGACCCGCUCAACGGGCCAGUUUUUCAACCUCAUCCACUCAAGCCGGUCCCAACGUUACUUCUGCUUGCGGACCGGCAAAAGCACUACCGCUUGCGGGGCGUCGACGAGAGAGCCCUACUUUGGACACAAAAAAAUAAAAUAAAAAAUCAACCUCAAAAAUCCUGGGCAUGCCGCAAUUUAAUAAUAAGCGAGGAUCCGGCCGGACGCAUCUUUACCAGCAGGCUGCUGCAUGCGUACAUUGUUCAAUACUACGAGCACACUCACUAG